ACCUGUUGCCAAGUUGAUCAGUUGUCAUGAGUCAAAAAGUCAUAUUUUUAAAGGCACUCACUUGAAGUAGUUCUAUAACAGCGUUCAGUUGCUCGAUGAUUGGGGAUUUUUUUGUUUGUUUGUUUUAAGCAUGGCUUUGUUCGAUGUAAAUAUCAGUAACAUUACUUUGGAGCGUACUCAGUCGGAAGACGAGCCGCGAGAUGAGCGCUUAGCUUAUGUGGAAAUAGCUCUCCUUUCCAGUAUUUUCAUCACUGCAGGAAUGCUGAACUUUGGGCUUCUUUUAGUCCUGUGGAAGCGGAGGAAGCAGCUCUCCAGGAUGCGCGUCUUUGUUUUCCACCUGUGCGUCGCCGAUCUGGUGGUGACAUUCUUUCAAGUUUGUCCCCAACUCAUGUGGGAUAUCACUGACAGGUUCGUCGGCCCAGAUAUAUUGUGUCGCUUAGUGAAGUACCUGCAGGUUGUCGGGAUGUUUGCUUCUACUUACAUGAUAGUGGUGAUGACGAUAGACCGAUAUCAAGCUAUCUGCAACCCCAUGGUGACCUUCCAGAGGCGCAGGGCUCACUGGAACGGCCCUGUGAGCGCAGCCUGGUGCGUCUCUCUCAUCGGCAGCCUCCCACAGAUUUUCAUCUUCUCACGGGUCGAGGUGGCUCCCGGCGUGCACGACUGCUGGGCACAGUUCAUAAAGCCGUGGGGACCGAGAGCCUACGUGACCUGGACGACUCUGGUGAUAUUCGUUCUGCCCAUUCUAACGGUGGUCGUGUGCCAAGUGCGCAUCUGCCGAACCUUACAUUUUAACUUUCAGAUGAAGACACAUCGUGAUGGAGAGGCGACCAGUAAGCCGCUGCAUUCAAGAGCCAGCAGCGUGGCCGGAGUUUCCAAGGCGAGGGUGAAGACGGUGAGAAUGACGGCGGUGAUCGUGGUCGCAUACAUCAUCUGCUGGACGCCUUUCUUCACCGUGCAGCUCUGGUCUGUUUGGGACGUCGAGGCUCCCACACAGACUGCAACCUUCACUAUCUUGAUGCUGCUUGCCAGUCUGAACAGCUGUGUGAACCCCUGCAUCUACCUGCUCUUCAGUGGGAAGCUUCCUAAAAGUCUGGGGGCCCUUAUGUGUGCGGGUGAGCCCAAUCUGAAGGACUCCAUCCAGGAUGAGGCCACUAUGGUCAGCUCCCUUUACAUCAGCCUCAGGAGCAAGACAGACAAUCGAUAGAAUAAUAUCACUUUCCUAACCUCAGGUUGUUAAAAUGAUGUGCGAGUCCUGUGGGGCUUAAGGUCUUUGUAUUGUUGAGAGACAACACUGUGGCAUUACAAGGCUAUUUUGACCACUUAAAUUCAGAAACCACAUCAAAAAAUGGAUCCUGUUAUUUUAUCAGAUAUACAAAUGUUAAGGAAAAGCAAUGUAAGGUUUGGGUCAUUGGUUUAUCUCAUAACUUAAAUUUGUGAAAUAAGGGAUACUUCUAGUAAUGUAUGUAUUUUACAGUGAUUUAAAAGUGGAUGUGACUUAUUUUGUGUAAAUAUGUAAUACUUCACAUAUGUCAUGUGUCCGCUGAAUAUGAAUCCUCAGGCUAAUUUAAAGACAAGUACAUGCAUGUUGUGUGUUUCUCAAGUAUCUCAAAAUAUGCAGCAAAACUCUCACUUGUAAAUGUCACUCGUUUACAUGAAGACUUUUCCUCUCAUCCCUGAAGACCUCAGAUGUGCUGCCCUGCCAAAUGAACUGUUGUCUUGUUUUCAUACUUCCCAGCAGCAGUAUUGGAAAGGGCUCGGCCACAUAAAUUUCAGUUUUCAGUUCAUGCUGUACUUUUGAAGGCCACUCAUUUUCAGCGAAGUGAUGUGAGGUUGCAUUAUUUUUUUAUUUUUAAGGGGGGAAAUGAUGAUUUUGGUCUAAGUAUUUUAAAGAUGUUUCCUUUAUCACAGCAUGUCAUCUUAAGGGCAGUUGAUCAACAUGAGCAAAACCUGGCAUAUAAGAUUCAUGUAAAAAAUCUGAAAACUUUAAGAUGACCCUCCUUUACUUCCCUUUGUUAAAGCUCUGAUUAUAGAAGGUGGGAAAUUGAUUUCUCCAAGUAGUACAAACUAAUCCAAUGCAAAUCGUCCUACAAAGAGGGCUUUUGUUGUCAUCAGAGACUGUCUGGCAGGUGGCUGGAACUCAACUUUGACCUUUAACGCUAAUAGAAUGACCAGCAGCCACCUAUGCAGCACUUCCAGCAGCUGUACAUUCAGAGAGGAAAGGGAUGGGGAUGUGUUUGAGAAGUCAUGGCAUCGUUCAUCAUUUAGACAGUGCACAGCAUGCUCCAUCUUCUCAUUUAUUUAUUGAUUUAUUUUUUAAACAAAGGAAUUAUCAAAGUGUUACAGGUUGACAUUCUGCAAAAUCCUGUGUGUUAACAAGGCUAUAGCACCAGUAACAUGUUUACUGUUGGACUAUAUGACAUUUGUAAAAAGUUGAUCAGUUUAUACACGUCCUAAAAUGUUAAUAAAAUCCUUUUGCUGCUUUGCAGUCACAUGCUCAGCGGAGUACCUUCACUUGGAAUUCAAGUAACAUGAAACAAAAAAAUGAUGUUU